UCCGUCUAAAUAGACGCUCAGAUAAACGGUAAAAACGCUGCUCUGAGAGAGAGAGAUAGAGAGAGAGAAUGGAGAGCAGAGAAGACUUGAAGUCGAUAUUACCGUAUUUGCCACUGGUAAUACGGUCGUCGAGUCUGUCAUGGCCGUCAGAGGCGAUGGUGGAAGCGCUGAAAGCGAUGGCGAGAGGACCCAGUCACAGCGGGGUGAACUCAGGGGAGGUCCUAUUCCUCGCCAUUUCCGAUCUCAGGAACCACGCUUUCUACCUCUCUUCCGACGUCUUGGCUCCUUUCGCUCCCCAUGGCUACGCCCUCUUCUUCGAUGAUUUGAUGUCGAAGGAAGAAUCGACAAUAUGGUUUGAACAGAUUGUACCGGCAUUGGCAAAUUUGCUUCUGCGCUUUCCAUCUUUGUUGGAAACGCACUAUCAACAACAUGCAGGCUCUGGCCGUGUCAAUGGAGUUCAAUCUGGUCUUCGUUUAUUGCCUUCACAAGAACCUGGAAUAGUAUUAAUCUCCCAGGAAUUGAUCGGUGCUCUUCUUGGAUGCUCUUUGUUUUGUCUGUUCCCGAUCUCUAAUAGAGAUGUUGAACACCUUCCAAUGAUCAACUUUGAUCAUAUGUUUGCGAGUCUCUAUGACAGUUACAAAGAAAGUCAGGAAAAUAAGAUAAGGUGCAUUAUACACUAUUUUGAGAGGAUAUGUUCAUAUAUACCUAUGGGCCAUGUCUCAUUUGAGCGAAAAGUACUUCCUUUGGAACACCGUCCUCUAUGCAUUUCAUAUCCCAAAGAUACAUUCUGGAGCAAUUCUGUGAUUCCUCUCUGCCGUUUUGAGGUCCAAAACUCAGGCUUGAUAGAAGAUCAAUCUGGUGAAGCUCUUGAAGUAGAUUUUGCAAACAAGUAUAUUGGGGGUGGUGCUCUAAAUAGGGGCUGUGUACAGGAAGAGAUCCGUUUCAUGACCAAUCCUGAAUUAAUUGCUGGCAUGCUCUUCUUGCCUUCCAUGGCAGAUAAUGAGGCUAUAGAAAUUAUUGGUGCUGAAAGGUUUUCAAGUUACAAUGGGUAUGCUUCUUCAUUCCGUUUUUCUGGUGACUACGUGGAUAAAAGAGAUGUAGACUGCUUUGGAAGACAUAAAACCAGGAUCAUUGCGAUAGAUGCAUUAUGCAACCCAAGGCUGAGACAGUACAGACAAGAGUGUCUCCUCCGGGAGAUUAAUAAGGCAUUCUGUGGCUUUUUUGAUCAAUCUAAAUCUAAAUCUCAGCAAUAUGAGAGACUGUUUCAAGAGAGUGCAUGUUCUGGAGCUGAGCCUGAUCAAAGCAUACAAGAUCUGAUGGACAUGUCUGGGAAUAAUCUUUUGUUGAAUGAAUCCACCUAUACUUCAGAUGAAACAAAUAAAGGAGUAUCUUUAAAUCAAGCGAUUGGAAAUUAUGUGGAUUGUCAGAAUCUGGGCUAUGAAGAUAAUUUUGGGAUUGUGACUGGUAAUUGGGGCUGUGGUGCUUUUGGAGGAGAUCCUGAACUUAAAACCAUAAUUCAGUGGCUUGCUGCUUCUCAGUGCGAGUUUAUCUUUGUAGGCCUUAAGACCUUUCAUUUCAUACUACACAUUCGGCUUGAAGGCAUUGCAGAAUCUAGACCAGGUUACACGAUGGAUUUUGUCGCAUCAGUGGACGGUUGGAGACCUCUGGAAUAUGCUGGUGGAUUACUCAUACCAGAAACACAAUGGACAAACUAGUGUUGGCUUCUUUACAUGGCUCCUUCCAUCUCUACAUGGCCAUGACGCCGAGAUGUCAGACUUGCCAAAUAUGCCUUAAUACUUGCUGGAUUUUUUAAUUGCCUAGGCAUGCUCCACUUUGUUUUAUGUAGCAUUUUGAUGGAAUUUGUUUUUAUCAAUACAGAAAAGAAAUUUUGUAGAUAA